GUUCCGGUAUUGCGGAAGUGAAUGAAGCCGGGCAGGACUGGUUCGUUUGAAUUAGCUGUUGUCAUUUUGCAGUGUACUCGAUUCUGCAGCCAUGUCUGUGAACAUCCACAUCAACAGCCCUAAUGUGAAGUACACAGAGACACACAUCGAGGCUCAGUAUUCUUACCAGACCACAUCAGUUCAUCAGGAGGGGAACAAACUCACGGUGACCCCUUGCACCACCCAGAUGACGUUUCAGACAGAGCGGCACAUUCCACGGCUGGGCGUGAUGCUGGUGGGCUGGGGAGGUAACAACGGGACCACCGUCACAGCUGCCGUCCUGGCCAACAAGCUGGGACUCACCUGGAGGACGAAGAACGGAGAGAAGAAAGCAAAUUACUACGGCUCCCUCCUGCAGGCGUCCUCUGUUUGUCUGGGCUCAGGCCUGGAAGGCGAGGUCAACGUGCCAUUCCGGGACCUCCUGCCCAUGGUGCACCCUAAUGACAUCGUCUUUGACGGUUGGGAUAUUUCCUCAUUGGAUCUGGGCAGUGCAAUGGAGCGAGCUCAGGUGCUCGACUGGUCAUUGCAGGAGCAGCUGCAGCCACACAUGAGCUGCCUAAAACCUAGACCAUCCAUCUAUAUCCCAGAAUUCAUUGCUGCAAACCAAGAGAGUCGUGCAGACAAUGUCCUCACUGGUACUAUGGCAGAGCAGAUGGAGCAGAUCAGAGCUGACAUAAGAGACUUCAAGCAGUCCAGCGGUGUGGACAAAGUCAUUGUUCUGUGGACGGCCAAUACCGAGCGCUUCUGUGCUAUCAUCCCUGGCGUCAAUGACACGACCAAGAACUUGCUUGCUGCAAUCCAGGUGACAGCAGAGAUUUCUCCAUCCACUCUGUUUGCAGUCGCCAGUAUACUGGAGGGCUGUGCCUACAUCAACGGUUCCCCACAGAACACCUUCACUCCAGGAGCCAUCGAGCUGGCUGUCCAGAGAGGCGUGUUCAUUGGCGGCGACGACUUCAAGUCCGGCCAGACCAAGAUCAAGUCAGUUCUUGUGGACUUUCUGGUCAGCGCAGGUAUCAAGCCAACCUCCAUCGUCAGUUACAACCACCUCGGCAACAACGACGGGAAAAACCUGUCGGCCCCGCAGCAGUUCCGCUCUAAAGAGAUCUCCAAGAGCAACGUGGUGGAUGACAUGGUGCAGUCCAACCCCAUCCUCUACCAGCCUGGGGAGAAACCUGACCACUGUGUCGUGAUUAAAUACGUCCCAUAUGUGGGAGACAGCAAGCGUGCCAUGGAUGAAUACACCUCUGAGAUAAUGAUGGGAGGGCUCAACACGAUCGCGCUGCACAACACCUGUGAGGAUUCUCUGUUGGCCAGCCCCAUCAUCCUGGACCUGGUGAUCUUGGCUGAGCUUUGUCAGCGUGUGACUGUGAAGCCUCAAGGAGAGGAGGACUUUCAGUCCUUCCACAGUGUCCUGGCUCUGCUCUCCUUCCUCUGUAAGGCCCCUCUGGUGCCAGCGGGGACUCCGGUAGUCAAUGCCUUCUUCAGACAGAGAGCCUGCAUAGAAAACGUCAUGAGAGCUUGCCUUGGCCUUCCUCCUCAGAACCACAUGCUGCUGGAGCACAAGCUGCAGAGGAACUUCCUGACUACACACACAACCUACAUCAACAGCGACGUGGCCACGCUGAAAAAAGCCAUGCUUGCCAAUGGGCAGCAUGUCCCUGUGUCCCUAACAAAGGGCAUAUACAUUCACGAGAGGGACACAGCUUGUGCUAUGUAAUGCUUAAUAGAUUACUAAAUACCAAAGUAGGCUUUAAACUUAGAACUACUGU